GAAACAAAAUAACUUCACUCUUAGAGAUUGAAGAAGAAGAGAGAUAAAUCAAUCACCUAUUUUUGCUUCUUCCUUAUCAAGCCAUUUUUUUUAAUGGACCCUCGGGAUAUUUAUCCGACUUGUGUUUUGAAGGUGAAUCUGGGUUGUUGCAAGGCAUGUGUGGUUAGGUUGAAGAAAUUGCUGUCCACUAUUGAUGGUGUAUAUGGAUAUGACAUUGACUCAGAAAAAGGGCUGGUGACAGUGUUAGGAAGAGCACACCCUCAACUGCUGGUAGAGAAGAUCAGGCAAAAGAAGAAGAAAGCAGUGGUGGUGUCCUAUGAGAAACCAACUCCCAAUGCCAAAACCAAGGAUUCCAACAACACCAAGGAAGACAAGAAAAAUGGGGAUCUUGAUUCCAAACCCAAGGAGAACAAGAAAAAGCAUGGCAAUGGUGAUCAGAAGGGGUUCAACAAAGAGGACAUCUUCGGGCACCAUGAAUCUGACCCACAUGAGUUUGAGGCUUAUGUGCCACCGAAGCCAUCUGCACUUGAUACAUGCAGGGAUCCCUAUUGCAAGCUCCACCACAAGAAACCGGUCAUCAUACGUCCCAGUGACAACAUGCCGAAGGUUAUGCUUCAGCCGCCUCUGAAUCCUCCCCGGUUUCUCCCUCCUCCUCCCCGGUUCCGCCCUCCUCCUCCGGGCCCACACUAUCCGCGCUCCAACAGGGAGGAGUAUUCGGAGGAUCAUCGGUACCGCUUGCCGCACGUGCCACACGUGGAGCCAAUUGUGUAUGACAGGCCACUACCUCAAUAUGACCCAUGGUAUAAUCAGAGGCCACAGCCUCAACAUGACCCAUGGUGUUAUCAGAGGCCGGCGCCGCCUCUACCACCACAUUAUGGUCAUCACGGGGCCAAGCAAGCAUAUAUCGGCCACUAUUGAAUGCCACAUACGGAUUUCUGAAUUCCUAACAAGCUUGGUUACUUAAUAUCUGUGGAUUCGAAUUUGAGGACAUCCAUUUUGUCCAUUUGUUUUAAGUGUUAGGUAUAUACUCUAUAUCCAAUGUUAAUGGAUACUAACUUGAUGUACUUUUCUUG